UUGAACUCACUAUGUGGCCCAGGCUGGCUCUGGACUUGUAGUGAUCCUCCUGCCUCAGUCUCCCAGGUUCUGGGAUUUAGGCAUGCAUUACAACACCCAGCAAUAGUUAAUUGAUAACUUUGGUCCGUUGAUAGCUUAGUAGAGAAUGAAUGCACACAACUUACUAGUAUUUGCAUACUUCAGGUACAGAAAUGACAUUUGUUUGCCACUUCUUAUUCUUCAUAAUCUGCAGUUAGGCAUGUGGGUAUUUGUCUUCCACACUGCAGCACUUAACUUGAUGAAUCCAAUUUUUUUCUCCUCCCAGAGCUCAUGUUCUCAAAUUGAUCUUACGGACCUCUUCUUUCUGUUGAUAUAGAGGGGCAGCGCAACAUGAUGGUGGAAUGUGGGUUUUAGUCUGUUAUGUUCUGAACCCACACAUGUUUUCGGAAGGACCAGAUGGCUGACACUGGCUAAUGGGAACCAAAAGACGAGUGAAAGUAACCUGUUGUCACAUACCCCCAGCUUAGAGGUGCUUCACCCUGCCCCAAGAUCAAUUUCUUUUUUCUCUGGAAACUUCACCCUGCUGUAUCCAAAAACCUACUACAGAAGUUGGGCAUGUUCAUAGGCCAGGUGAGGAAAGAUCAAGUGCAGACUGAGCUGUGGCCAACCGUUUGCAGACCAGGAAUCCACACCAGCUCUAAUCAUAGAGCUCUUGGUGUGCAGGAACUGCCAGUUUGCCGACGUGAAAAGAGCCCCAGACUGGGUAAUGGUGAGCCCUGAAGUCGCACCCCAGCUCUACCACUCAGUGAGCACGGGUAAGUCAUCCACCUUCUGCGGGUGGCCUUGAAGGCGCUCCCUCUCCGGAGUUUACAGAAAGGGAGGCCAGAAAACCCAGAGCAGCCUCCUUCUGUCUCAGGAUAGCAAAGGAUCUUAGAAAACUAUUCAUGGUAGCAGCUUCCACUUGUGGUUAUAAACACCCUCUGUUACCAGGCAAAUCUUACUGCAACCAUGAUCAUCGAUCCCAAGAUGUAAAUGUGGCACUGGUUAAUUCUGCUGUGAGGGCCCAACUGCUCGUUCCCUGGAAUGUUGCAUACCUUUGUGAUCCAGGCAGUUACACUGUCUCAUAUACAAGUUUUUCUCUUGAGUUGGCCUCUUCUGAGCUCUAGAGUUGGUUGCAGAACUGUUUUUUGUUCUACAGAUUUCCAAGUGCUUUAUGCAGACAGCAAGAAAUACUGUUUAUUACUGUACUAUCAAUGUGUCCUUUUUUCACCUCAAUAAGACCAAGUUGGCUAAAGCAUAGGAUCAACAUUGAGUGCUUUGAAAGAAAGCUGUUUGAUUCCUGUUCACUGAAUGCCAUUUCUUUCAGGGUAGAUUUAAGGGCUUUGCCCUUAAAAUACAGUGCUACUGGCUCUAGAUUGAGGGUUCAAGCCACCCCAUGGGUUAACUUCAACAGAUGAAAAUUUUUCCUUGGCUACAGCAACAUCCCUAAUCCUGACCAGCCAUGGAGAGGUUCGGUUCUUACCAGGAAAAUGAGUGAAUGUGGGAAUGGCUCACCACAUUGGGAAAACAAAACUCACAUCCUGCUGAUGUUGGCUGAGGACUGUGAUGUCCACAUACAAAGAAAAGCAUGUGGCACAGUUUUAGGACAAAGGUAUGGUUUUGUGGAGUUUGAUGAUCUGCGUGAUGCAGAUGAUGCUGUUUAUGAACUGAAUGGCAAAGACCUUUGUGGUGAGCGAGUAAUUGUUGAGCAUGCCCGCGGCCCACGAAGAGACGGCAGUUACGGUUCUGGACGCAGUGGAUAUGGUUAUAGAAGAAGUGGGCGAGAUAAAUAUGGCCCUCCUACCCGCACAGAGUACAGACUUAUUGUGGAGAAUUUGUCAAGUCGAUGCAGUUGGCAAGACCUAAAGGAUUAUAUGCGUCAGGCAGGAGAAGUCACCUAUGCAGAUGCUCACAAGGGGCGCAAAAAUGAAGGAGUGAUUGAAUUUGUAUCUUACUCUGAUAUGAAAAGAGCUUUGGAAAAGUUGGAUGGAACUGAAGUCAAUGGCAGAAAAAUCAGAUUGGUUGAAGACAAGCCAGGUUCUAGACGGCGCCGAUCCUAUUCCAGGAGCCGGAGUCAUUCAAGGUCUCGCUCUCGAAGCAGACAUUCCCGGAAGAGCAGAAGCCGAAGUGGUAGCAGCAAAAGCAGUCAAUCCCAGUCUAGGUCAGGCUCCCACUCCCGGAGCAAGAGCCGCACUCGCAGCCAGAGUCGCAGCCGCAGCAAGAAGGAGAAAAGCAGGAGCCCCAGCAAGGACGACAAGAGCCGCAGCCGAAGCCGCAGCGCAAACAAAAGCCGCAGCAAGAGUAAAGACCAUGCUGAAGACAAGAUCCAGAACAACGACAGCACUGGGAAACCCAAGAGUCGGAGUCCCAGCCGGCAUAAAAGCAAGAGUAAAAGCAGGAGCAGGAGCCAAGAGAGGAGAGUGGACGAGGGAAAGCGAGAGAGCAUGAGCAGGAGCCGGAGCCAGGAGAAGAGCCAGAGCCAGGAGAAGAGCCGCCUCAAGAGCAGGAGCCUGAGUGGGAGCAAAGGGGGCAGCCGCAGCCGGAGCCGCAGCAAAAGCAAGGAUAAGAGGAAGGGCAGGAAGAGAAGCCGGGAGGAGAGCCGCAGUCGCAGCCGGAGCCGCAGCAAGAGCGAGCGGAGCAGGAAGCGCAGCAGCAAGCGAGACAGCAAGGCGAGCAGCAGCAAGAAGAAGAAGAAGGAGGACGACACCGACCGCUCGCAGUCCAGGUCACAGUCGCGCUCAGUGUCAGAGGAGCGAGAACACGCCAAGGCUGAGUCUGGUCAGGGGGAAGGCCAAGGGGAGAGUGAGGGUGCCGUCCCCAAUCCGGAGACCCGAUCCAGGUCAAGGUCCAACUCCAAAUCAAAGCCAAACCCCCCGACAGAAUCACGCUCCAGAUCAAAGUCAGCUUCAAAAACCCAGUCUCGGUCUAAGUCUCGAUCCAGGUCUGCCUCCAGAUCGCCCUCCCGGUCUAGAUCUAGGUCCCAUUCAGGGUCCUAACUGGCUCCGACCAUGGCUGGAACUACCCAAGAAGUCUUUUGUACAUGUUUGGUAGCUGUAGCACAAGUGAUUGAAGUAGAACAUCCAUCACUGCUGUACAUUUUUAACUCCCCUAAUGGUGUGUCUAUAAUUGUUAAAUCUAAGUGCUUCCUCUCAGUAAAGCCUCCUGGCGCCAGGCCUUCCUGCUCAACUGAAAAAAAACUCUUCGAAACCCCCUUUCCUCAUGGCCCAGAGUAGAAUAUCCAAAACGCCUUGGCUCGCAGGCCUGGCCUAUCCUACGGGGAGCUCGGUACCUGGACAGCUUUAAGGCUGGAAUGAUGGCAUAGGUAGGUAUGGUGAGUUCAACCAUUUUUGCCCUUGAAUUGAUGCCCUUUGAUGUAUGCCAUUUAGUAAAAGUGCUAAGUCUUCAGUUUCUACCACUUUGGUUUCAUACUUUUGGACUUAACACAGUUGUGAAUAGCACAGUCGAGGAAAAUUGACACCUGCAGUUACCCAUAGGAAAUAAACUGUAGAGUUCCAUAUUCUGGUAUUGUGAUUAUAUUGUUUUAUAUUAAAAGAAAAGAAUUUUUUUUAAUUUUAUUUUUUCCCCGUCUUGCAAAGUAUAGUGACCCCUGUUUCCAUUAAAUUUGAAUAAAGACUAUUUUUGCUUGACAAAAUUUCAUGGUGCUUGAAUCAAA